UAUUGCGUUACAUGGUAGCAAAAUGGCGGCUGUCAUUCAGAACCCACUAAAAGCGUUGGGCGACCAGUUCUAUAAGGAGGCCAUCGAGCAGUGUCGCAGCUACAAUGCCCGCCUCUGUGCUGAACGCAGCGUCCGCCUGCCAUUCCUCGACUCACAAACUGGUGUGGCUCAGAACAACUGCUACAUCUGGAUGGAGCGGCACCACCGUAGUCCUGGGGUUUCAGCCGGGCAGAUGUACACGUACCCCGCCCGCUGCUGGAGAAAGAAAAGACGACUGCACAAUGCCACGGACCCCCGCCUGGGCAUCUAUGGUCUGCAGCUCGACGGCAGCCUCAUGUCCAAGGACGCCUUGCCCACCCAGAGCACCACACUGGAGGCGCUGCUGCGAGGAGAGGGUCUAGACAAGAGGAACGCCAAGAACGACGAGGAGAGUCUGCUGGAGAUCCAGAGGGUUCUGGAAGCAGACGCAGCAGAAGACGCUUUCAACGAUGAUGACGAUUACGAGGUGGACACUCCCAAAAGGAGACAUCGGGGCAAAGGAAGAGGUCGGGGUUCAGGCCGCAGGAGGACAGACCUGGAUGAUGACAAGCCAUACGUCUGUGACAACAAAAACAAACAAAAGCAGAACUCAAAAUCUUCGACCUCAGUCUGUGCAAAGCGCUACAGGAACCGUACAGGACUCAGUUACCACUACACCCAUUCCCACCUGGCGGAGCAGAACAGAGCUGGAGAGAGGAACAAGGUGGCGUCUAGAUCGCCCUCUGUACCACAGACUGACAGACACAAACGUCCAAAGGGUCCAGGUGGGACGAGCAUUCCCAACAACUACUGUAAUAAAUGCCAGGGCAAGAAAACGGGUAAAUCUGGGUCUCCCUUCUCAGCCUGCCAAUGCACAACCUCCCGCAGAGAAGAGAAGGAAGACAGGACCUUCACCGGAGCCGAGGAGCUUUUCGGCACCACCUCAGAGAGCGACACUUCCACCUUUCACGGCUUCGAGGACGACGAGCUGGAGGAGCCGGCCACACAUAGCAACGGAAUAACCAAUCGACACAGAUAGAGCGAACCUUUAAGAUUUCAAGAGACAAUAUUUGGUUUUAUAUAUGGAUUAACCUCUGGCAAAAAUUUGCUGCUUCUUUUUCAAUGGUUUUUGUUUGCAGAAAGCACAAAGUGAUAAUUUCAGGACAGAAAUGCAAGUGGUAUUUUAUCUACUGAACAUUGUUGAAUAAUUUAUGAACUCCCUUUUUUUAUAUAUAAAUAUAUAUAUUAACUUUUAAGGCAAUGGACGACUCAGUGUUUGUUGACGAGUGACUCGGCCUUCAAUGCAAAACAGAAGAUGAUUUUUGGAGUUUUUUCCCCCUCACUGGAGCAGAAGAAGCAUAAAGAUGACAAACAAAAAACACUGGAGAAAUCUGAAAAUUGAACAAGUGAAAUUUUUCAAGACGUGAAUAAUUCGUGCGGGUUGAUUGAAUGUCACUGCAGACCCCUACUUGAGCUACAAGAUGUUUUUGAAUCAGCAGUGGCUGUUGCUAUGAAGGCCUCCUCUCCUGCUCUAACUUUGGAUGAAACUUGUAUGAAAAUGAAGGAACCAAUGAAAGGACUGCCACAGGCCACUGGAAGUGUUUGGAUGAAGAAAUCUAUUAACUUAAGUCUUUACAGAAACCUUGUAGUUAUAAAAUGAAAGGAGCACUCAGCACAUGGGCCCAGCGGGCGGGGGGGUGACCAGUGAAGAAGAGGAUUUAACCCUCAAACUAAUGAGCCUUCAGCUCCCUCCUGGUUUGGGCCUUAAACAACUGACUGAAAUGGACAAACAUACGUCCACUUGUUCUUUAGGCCGUGUGGCUUAAUUAAACUGCUCCCUCGAUGAUAUGUAUCGAUCCCUUCUCAACAUUUGAUCUGUGACUACAUCCAGCUUCAUUUUAUCCUCUCUGCACUGUGUUGGAGCUCCACUGAACUAUGGGAACACUAAAGGCCAGGCCUUUGGACUGUUUAGUGCCCACCGGGUACAUUUGGGGCCCCCGCGGCCCAGCCUGCCCACUCCUGCUCUGUGACUGUGUGUCUGCUGUGUGAUCCGAUGUGACACUAAGACGUCAUCAUCCUCAUCACUGUGCCAGCCCGCCGCUCUGCACUGGAAACCAGCCCUGACAGCCAUGACCCUCCAACCUGAUUGGACCAGUGACCCUCUGACCCCUAGCCAUAGAGAUGGUGCUCGAAUCCACCACUAUUACAUUCAGACCUCUGGACUACUGUAUUAAAACUCUGACAUGGACGCAAAGGUUUUCUGCUUCUGUCCCUCUGUCUGGUUUUGCUAUAUCUCUUCUGCCGCUUUCAUCUCUUAUGGGUCGCAGUAAUUUAGCUCUUUUUUUGUUGUUUUUUCAUCUUUUCUCUGUUGUAUAAUAUUUCUAUGUUUUGAACUCUUUCAAGUUUGAUUAGUAUGACUUCUUGAGUUUGUUCAGACUGUAUUGAUACCUCUGUCCUGAUCAGGUGCACAAUAGCCACAACUACUCAGGCAUCUUUCAUUUCCUCUGCUGUUGAUUGUUCAGCCAUUCAGCCCUGAUUCAUGUGAUUGUAUUCAGUUGGCGAGGAGGGACGGUAACGCCACACAAGGAUCCCAUUAUAAUCAACUUCCAGGAGGGAUCCGGGACACCACAGUCUCGUGCUAUAGGAAAACAAAAUAACAAGCUUCAACUCUCUGUCCCAUCUGUGCUGAAUUUACCCGGUGUCACGCUCGCCAUCCACUUUUUUUGCCUAAAUCUACAGCCUCAGUAGAUUUUGCCAAGAGUGAAAUUCAUCUCCGAUUCAUUUAAAAACAAUAUUGUUGCUACAGCUACAUAAACUCCUCAGAUCUACGUACUUACUGACAAGUGAAAACUGUAUAAACCCAGUUAUGUGACAUUUCCGUUGAGUGCUUUUCGAGGGCCCAUUUGCUUUAUGACAUUUAGAAGGUGCUUGAAGUACUGUAAAAAAGAAAAGAAAAGGCUUUUAGUUCUAUAGGUUGCACAUGCUGCAUAAGAGGUCCACUUCCUUCCAUGUAAUUAUUCAGUAUCACUGCAAUGUAAUGAUAGCUGCUCCGUUUUUGAAGCUAACCAUUAAUCCUAUGUGUUUGUUUAUGACUUUCUUGUGCAUUCAAACCAACGUUCUUCACUUCCCUCAGGGACCCUCCACAUCGCAGUUUUAUCUCCUCUGGACAAACAGAGGAUGUCAGACCCGUCGGUUAUCUUGUCUUCGUCUCUUGUGUCGGUAACGUGGCGUUUCCACAGUUACAACUAUGUCUUCUAUCCUCUAACGUCACUCCAGUCAGUGAAAAGCAUGAUGUGUCAUCAGUCAUAACCUGCUCAAUGUUACCGAUCGUGUACAAACAGGCCUCGCGUGGUGCAGUUUUUGCUGAACAAAAAGGAGAAGCUCCGAGAUGCAAACGUCAGUGAUGUCCGCUUCAAGUAACGUGUCACCAAUCAUUGAAUAGCCUGUUUACCUCGUCAAAAGACACAGCAAUAGGCCCCGGUGCUCCCCUGUCAAACCUGCCAGGGGCGGAGAGGGAGGAUCGGGGUGGGAUCGGAGCCAGGAGGAGAUGAAAUGGACAUGAUCGGGCAUUUGUCUCAUCUUCAGCUAUAAAUACAAGGCGAACUGGAGAGAAUGAAGAAGUCUUCGUUUGUUAAACUAUUUUUAUUGUUCUGAGAAAAAUAAAGAAAAAAAUAGAGAAUGAA